CCCGCAUGUGCAGUAAGAACUCGAGUUCAGCUGCGCCGCCAGGAUCUCCCCGAGACCGGAAGUUGUUUCUCAGGCGGCCGGGGAGAAACCGGAAGUGGCGAGAACGGCUGUUGCCCGGGGACCCCGAGAAGAGAGUCGCGGAGCCGCUUGCAGGUGAGUGAAAAGGAAGCGGGCGGGCGCUGCGGCGAGUCCCUCCUCGGUCCACGGCACAAAGAGGCUGCUUGAGCCCCGGAACCUUCCCCCCCCCGAGCAGGAGAGCACCGGGCUCCUGAGCAUGUGCAGAGGAUAAUUCUUUGCCUGCUGUUUAGCACGCGAGUGUUGCUGUUUAAUGCGAGGAAGGUCCAGGCUGAGAGGAGGGGACUGGCCCAAGGUCACCAAGCGAGCCUUUUGAAAAGCCCAUUUCCCUGCGCAGCGCUAGAGGUGAAAGGAAGGUUCUUCGCGCACAUCCGGUGCCACUUGCCUCUCAGACUUUGAAUUUAUGUUGUUAUUUAGUCGUUCAGUCGUGUCCGACUCUUCGUGACCCCAUGGACCAGAGCACGCCAGGCACGCCUGUCUUCCACUGCCUCCCGCAGUUUAGUCAAACUCAUGCUGGUAGCUUCGAGAAUACUAUCCAACCAUCUCGUCCUCUGUCGUCCCCUUCUCCUUGUGCCCUCCAUCUUUCCCAACAUCAGGGUCUUUUCCAGGGAGUCUUCUCUUCUCAUGAGGUGGCCAGAGUAUUGGAGUCUCAGCUUCAGGAUCUGUCCUGAUUUCCUUCAGAAUGGAGAGGUUUGAUCUUCUUGCAGUCCAUGGGACUCUCAAGAGUCUCCUCCAGCACCAUAACUCAAAAGCAUCAAUUCUUCGGCGAUCAGCCUUCUUUAUGGUCCAGCUCUCACUUCCAUACAUCACUAUUUGAAUUUAUAUGUUAGAUUUGAAUUUAUAUGUUAGCUAUAUUAGGAACUGCCUCGAACUGGAUCAGAUUAUUCGUCCCUUUAGCCCAGUGUUUUAUAGUUCCACCAACAGUGGCUCUCUGGAGUCUUUGGCACAGAGGGGUCUUUCCUUUCCUUUCCUGCUGGAUAUCCUUUUUAUAAGUGGGGAUAUUUAAAUAGUUGCAAAUAUUAGGGGCGGGAGGUGGGUGGGUGGGGGGUGUCAAAGGGUGAGUCAUUCACAACUUGAGCUAAACCUUCAACAGUUGUAGCUAUGCCAGUCCUUUUGUGGUAUAAAAACGUGAGAGCCGUACUGGGUCAAGCCGACAGCAUCCUGUUCUCAGAGAAGCCAACCAGAUGCUAAGGCAUGGGUUUGAGCCCCACACAUUGGGCAAAAGAUUCCUGCGUUGCAGGGGGUUGGAUUAGAUGACCCUUGUGGUCCCUUCCAGUUCUAUGAUUCUAUGCAUCUUCUGCUGGAUGUCCUCUUGACUGGUGGUACUUAGGGGUUGCAUAUGUUACUGGGGAGGGAGGGUCCUGAAGGACAAGUCACAGCUUGAACACAACUCACAGCAGGUGAGAGAGCCUUGCUGGAUCAAGUGAAAGGGACUCGUCUGGUUCCAGCAUCCUGUUCUCACACUGGCCCAAAGGGAAGCUUUCCCUGAGUACACUAGCACUCUGCCCACCUGCGAUUCACAGCAGCUGGCAUGCAGAGGUGUUUACUGCCUCUGACAGUAGAGGCUAGCAGCCAUCUAGAGUAGAAGCCUUAUCCCCCAUGAAUUUGUUGAAUUCUCUUUUAAAGCUGUCCAAGUUCGUUACUGUCACUACAUCCUGUGGCAGCUAAUUUCGCAGAUGAAUUAGAUGCUGUGUGAAGAAGGACUUCCUGUUUGUCUGUCCUGAAUCUUCCAAAUGUUCAGGUUCCCGGGUUUUUUUGAGUUGUGCAUGUUUAAAGCUUAAUAGCUUUAUUUAGUAGAGCGCACUUUGUUGGGACCCAGGUGAAGUGUUUUCCUCAUUUGGAAGAUAUAGAUUGUUGUGUGAUCUUGGUCCAGUCAUACACACGCAGGCUCACCUAUCUCACAAGAGAUGGGAGAACCAUUAUGCUAUCUUUAGCUUCUUAGAGAAAAGGCUGAAUAUUUUGCUGGCAUCCGUCUGUCUCGGGAGACAAUGGAGGAGUGUGCCUUUGUGGGUGAAGUCAAACUAUUGGAAGGUUACAGUGCCUGUUGUGGCAGUAGAGAUUGAUAAGGGACAGACAUGCUUUGUUGCAACUGGGGCAGAUGACAGUUAAAAAGAAUAUAUUUGUCUUGCUUGGCCUUCUGAGAAGCACAGGUUGCAGAUUCUAUUUUAUCUUCACAACAACCCUGUGAGGGAGAUUAGGUUGAGAAUGUGACCCAAGGUCAUCUAGUGAUCUUCAUGGCAGAUGUUGCUCCUUUCAGCUGGAGAUGCUUCUAGGGACCUUCUAUGCUUUCACCUCAUUCCAUUUUUAUUUUUUAUUCCAUCCUUCCACCAAUUAGCCAAGGGCCUUUUUGCUCCCUUCCCUAUUCUCGCCUUUCAGUAGCCCUGUGAAGUAGUUUAGGCUGGGACGGAUGGGGAGUGAAUCAAGGUCAACUAUUGAACUUCCUGGCUGAGUGGGGAUUUGAACCCAGGUCUCUCAGGCACUUUAAUUGUGACACCACACAGGUUCUAAGCUUCUGUCUCUACAGGACACAAGCCUUGUGUGCCUGGUGUUCAUCCCCACCCAAAUGGCAUCAUUGGCUUCAAGACAGGAACAAACAAACAAGAGACAGUAAACCAAUCAAACAACACAUAUAGUGGACUUUGUAGCUCAGCAGGGCUUUCAAACCAGAUCUCUGCAGUCAAAAGCCAGCAGUAAACCACACUGGCUCAUUUUCACCACCAGCUUGUCAUUCUCCUGCCCAUUGCUUAUUAGAUUGUGAGCUGGGCUGUUUGUUUAUGCCGACUGAACAGCCUCUGGUUUCUCCGGCACCUGAUUUGUUGCAGAGAUUUGUGGCUGUCUUUCUCUUUGGGAUCUGAAGAGCAAUGGGGAACACGAGCAGUGAGCGGGCUGGUGUGGAGCGUCAAGGGAGCCACAAGACACCUCGGAGAGAUAGCGGAGGAACAAAGGAUGGAGACCGGCCGAAGAUCUUGAUGGACAGCCCUGAAGACGCCGACAUGUUCCACGCCGAGGAAAUAAAGGUAUGUGACCUCAGGCGUUCGCCCUCAUUCACUGGGAAAGCCGAGUAAAAGGGUUCAUGCUGCCAUUUUGAAGGAUGUGAGACAGGCGCCAGUUUACUCUUGCAGAAGCUCCAGCAGCCAGUUGGUUGUUUCUCUUUUUAGAGAGGGGGAAUUGGCCAUUGGGUUACAUCAAGCGUUAGUACCACUCAGAACAGACCCACUGAAAGCACUAGACAUACCUAACUUGGAUCUGUUAAUUUCAGUGGGUCCCCUCCAAGUCAGACCUAGGCAAACGCUGAGUCAUUUGAAUGUCUGUUUCCACCUCCUUCACCCUCUGCUAGGAGGCGGUCAGAUAAUGGUAUGUAGGCCCAAUGGAGCAAAGGUCUGCUUCAGAAGAUUGUGGGAUCCUAUGGAUAAGAUUUUGGGAGUGCCUGGAGAAGGGAUAGGAAGGAGAAAUCCAGCUAUGCAAGUGGACCCUAAAUGACCCACCCCUUAGCCACUUAACCUAAAACAGAUUGAGGAACCGAAUUUUUACCAAGACUUGGCCAUUACACCACAUAUUCCUCCCUCCCUGUCCUACGCAGCUUGGCAAGGAAAAAGAAGAAUUCCUGGCCUGGCAGCAUGACGUCGAGGUGAAUGAUAAGGCUCCUACACAAGCUCGGCCAACUGUUUUUCGCUGGACCGGAGGAGGCAAAGAGGUCUUUCUGUCUGGCUCUUUUAACAACUGGAGCAAACUUCCACUGACGCGGAGGUGAGCAUCUUUGUGGCUUGGUCUGGGCUACCUUUGUUUGCUGUCUUGGUGAGGAUGCCCAAUAUGUUUUAAAGGGUAUUUACAGUGUCUAUCCUUACUGCAGUUUCCUACAAGAGCAGGAAAAGUGGGCUGAGCUUGGUGCCAUGCUGUUAUCAAAUACUGGUGGUGAAGCCAAUGCUCAUUUUCAAGAGCAGCUCACCUUUAUGGGCAUGGGGAGCCAGUCUUGCAACAAAACAUCGCUGCAAAUCCCCAGCCUCUAAGCAAGAGCGGCCUACAAUCGCACUCACAAAGAGCUGUUGGGGUUUUGCUUUUGGUGGGCAGGAUGGUACUGUGUGUUUCAUUCCAGUAUAUUGGGGUGGGUUGUCUGCAGAAUGGGAAGAGGCAAAAAUUGUCCUUCUGAUUGGACCACUCUUCAGAUUCAUUAUUAUUUAAUUAUUAUUUUUUUUAUUUAUUAUUUAGCUGACUCACUUUCUACGGUAAAGGAUUAAUUGUAUCCCCUCCCUCUCUCUCUCUCUCUCUCUCUCUCUCUUUCUCUUUUUAAUCCCCUCCCUCUCUCAUUUAUAGCCACAAUAACUUUGUAGCAAUUCUCGAUCUCCCAGAAGGCGAACACCAAUACAAGUUUUAUGUGGAUGGUCAAUGGACACAUGAUCCUGCAGAGGUAAUAUUGACUUUUUCAAUCGUCUUACUUGGCCAUCAUGAAGGGCUGGUUCAUGCAUCCAUGCCUCCGCCUUCUUUAAUUUCUCCGUGAUUGGUGGCUGGCAGAUGAACAUGCGAAAUGCCGGGUGCAUUGGAAAGCAUGUUGUUUUAGGGAUGAUAGUUCACAUCAAAGGUGGUGGCCCUUUUACAUAUGUAGGCCAUCACUUGACGUAGCAGCAUAAAGUCACGUAUAUCCAUGCGCAAAUCAAUUUUGACAACUGACUUCUUUCUGUAAUGAACCAGUGGGGCACCUGCCGUUGGUCAGACACUCAGCCGAAGACUUCUCCUUUUUUAAAAAAUCUUCCUACAUCCUUCCCAUGGGAAGGCCUGAGAUUUGGUCAUGGAUGGGGAGCCUGUACCCCUCCAGGUGUUGCUAACAUCAUCCCUGACCAUUGGCCACUCUGACCGGGGCUGAUGGGAGCUGGAGUCUAACAAUCUGGAGGUUCCCAAAAGCUAUGGGGUGGAGCCUAUUUUGGAGAUGCAAAGUAGAGCUUUGCUGGUCUAUAUUCUGUUCCUUCUCCUUCCCCUCCAAUCUCUUCCCAUGAGGCACCCCAAAGCGAUUUACAAGCUGCCCCUUGGUUUUCUUCCUAGCCUGUAGUAACCAGCCAGCUGGGGACAGUCAACAACGUCAUCCAGGUGAAGAAAACAGACUUUGAAGUAUUUGAUGCUUUAAUGGUGGACUCCCAAAAGUCCUCAGAUGUAUCUGGUAGGUAUCUUGGUGUCGUGCUUCUCCAUGGUUGGGGGUGCUGUGUUGCCUUGGUCCAGGGUUUAGUGUCUAGCUGUGCAUUUUGCAGAAGUGACAUCAUUGAACACUAUUUGUUUCAUGGCAGUGGGGAUGGUCUGAAUGCACAGUUAAUCCUGGAGGACUUUGUUCCUCCCGGCACAUUAUUGAGAGUGUCAGUAACCACACGGAAAGUGGUGAUCGAGCAGACAUUGUGCACUUAAGAGUCUCGAACAGUUCUUCAGCAAGGACUCUCGAGUAAGCUUAGCAAUCGUGAGAUAAGAUCCCUUAUGGAUCAAAGAACGGAAAGCACCAGAUAGGAAUAAAUGGACAUAUCUCACAGUGGAGAGGUGUAAAAAGUGUCCUCCUCACUGGAAUUGGUAUUGGGCCCUGUGCUUUUUAAACUUGGCCUGGCGUUAGAUGUGAGCAGUGAGGUAGCGAAGUUUCCUGAGGGUACCAAAUUGUCCAGGAUGGUAAGAACAGCAGCAGCAUCCAGAAUUAAAGGCAUAAUAUAUUAUUUGCCGAAAUGUUGUUCUGCUGUCUUGGAACAUCCCAUGGAUGAGCUAGAAGAAAUGAUCUAGCUAUACAGAUGUUGAUCAGUUACAUUCUAAACCUUUUAACUGUUUUUAAUACCAAGUUUUAAAUUCUCGUAGCCCUCCCUGGGACCUGGUGGUGAAGGAUGGGCAAUAAAUUCAACAAUGAUAAUGAUUUUUGUUGUUGAAAAAGGCAUUGCAGAGAGUGCCAAAAGGAUCUCUCUCAAAUGGGCAAACAGGCAGUAAAGUUUGCUGAAUAAAUGGCAUUCAGUGGUAAAGUGUAGAAAUCAAGUAAGGAAACCUUUGGGGAUUCAAGACCACGGCUGAAAUGGGAAAUUGUUUAGAAGUGCUUUCUCCCAAAUAGACCAAGGUUAACCACAGGAACCUCCCCUCUCUCUCCCCUCUCCUCCCUGAGCAGAGCUGUCGAGUUCACCCCCCGGACCCUACCACCAGGAACCCUACAUCUGUAAGCCUGAAGAGCGCUUCAAGUCCCCCCCUAUUCUUCCUCCGCACCUCCUGCAGGUUAUCCUAAACAAAGACACUGGGAUUUCGGUGAGUAGAGAAACGUGAAGAUAGAAGCAAGCCCCCGCUUUCCCCCCAAAUCAAAUUCACUGUGUAAGCUGGUGUGUCCUUACCAGCUUUGGGCAGUUUUUAUGUGGGGAUUCUCCAUUUGAAAACAGAGGUGGCACAGUGAGACUGAAACUCUGAAUUGUUUGACUUAACCUGGCGAGGAGGGUUAUUGGUUUCUUUUUUUCUUAUUAUGUGUUUUUAUCUUGUAUUUUUAUGCUGUGAACUGCCCUCAGAUUUACACAUGGAAGGGAGAUGGUAUACAAAUAUAAUAAUUAUUAAUAAUAAUAAUAAUAAUAAGCCUUGCCCCACCUUGCAUCCUGUUUUCUUAAUAAACUGGUCAUGCUUGGGUUUGCAUUUCAGAAGCUUCCACAGGAAUGGAAAGUUUCUUUCAUGCUACAAAAAAAAUGUAUUUGGUAGAUGUACAAGGGUCCUCUGGUGGCCCCUAGUGGCUUUCCUGAUUUUGCAUUCAAAGUUCUAAAUAGGGCUAGGCGACAUAUUGUCCAAAAGUGGUUUGAAGUCCAUAUUGGGAUAUCGGUUUCAUAAUUUUUGACCUGGCAAUAUAUCGCAAAUCACAAUGUGUGUGUGUGCUAUGCACAAAUCACAAUGUGGGGAAAACCAUGGAACCAGCCAAUGUUUCUCUUGAUUCCUGCAGCGCAUUAACUCUGCUCCACUGCCUCGUGCUGGGGGCAGGCGAAUCACAAGAGCAGGUGCCGGCAAAAAUCACGAUGCGGGGAAGACCGUGAAGCCUCUACAUAGCGCCAAUCCUUAUUUCAGAUAUUGUGAUAUAUUGGUAUAUCACAAUGCUUUGCUGGCGAUAAUCACGAUGCUGAAAACCAGAUAUUGCCCAGCCCUAGUCCUAAAUCGGGAUGCGGGUGGCACUGUGGUCUAAAUCACAGAGCCUAGGGCUUGCUGAUCAGAAGGUCGGCAGUUUGAAUCUCCACGACGGGGUGAGCUCCCAUUGUUCGGUCCCAGCUCCUGCCCACCUGGCAGUUUGAAAGCAUGUCAAGUGCAAGUAGAUAAAUAGGUACCACUCCAGUGGGAAGGUAAAUGGCGUUUCCAUGUGGUGCUCUGGUUUGCCAGAAGCGGCUUAGUCAUGCUGGCCACAUGACCCGGAAGCUGUCUGCGGGCAAACGCCGGCUCCCUCGACCUAUAGAGCAAGAUGAGCGCCGCAACCCCAGAGUCGUCCGCGACUGGACCUAAUGGUCAGGGGUCCUUUUACCUUUUAGUCCUAAAGAGAGCCAGUGCGGUGUAGUGGUUAAGAGCAGUAGUCUCGUAAUCUGGGGAACCAGGUUCGCGUCCCCGCUCCUCCACAUGCAGCUGCUGGGUGACCUUGGGCCAGUCACACUUCUCUGAAGUCUCUCAGCCCCACUCACCUCACAGAGUGUUUGUUGUGGGGGAGGAAGGAAAAGGAGAAUGUUAGCCGCUUUUAGACUCCUUCGGGUAGUGAUAAAGCGGGAUAUCAAAUCCAGACUCUUCUAAAUCAGUGCUUGGGGGUCAAAUGCAAACCUCUGGGGCUGUGUACCUGGCCCUUCGGAGUCUCCCUUAGCCACACCCUCUCCUUAAAUUGCUCGUCUCCCCCCAAACCACACCUUCACUCUGCCCUUUCCUCAGAAGCCUAUGCCUGGCUGGAAUGUGUCUGUGAACUGCGACAGUGCCUCUGACUUGGUUGGGUGGAGACAACAGUGGUGCAGAAACCUGCCCCAUGUGUAUUGCUGGAAUGCAGCGAUGCUCCACUCACUUGACUUUGGUGCCACCUGCAACAGCCAUGUGGCCCCUGGCAGGCUCCUCGAGAGGGAACGUGGCCCUUGAGCUGAAAAAGGGUUCCUCAUCCGUGUCCUGAACUACUCUCCUUUGUCGCCCUCUUAGUGCGAUCCUGCCCUGCUUCCCGAGCCGAAUCACGUCAUGCUGAAUCACCUCUAUGCCCUUUCCAUCAAGGUAAGUUGGCGGCUUAAGUCGUUGCUGUCUGCCUGUGUUUAGACGGUUCCGUCUUCUGAUCUCCCUCUCUUCGCAACUCUCUCCUAGGACGGGGUCAUGGUGCUCAGCGCUACCCACCGUUACAAGAAGAAAUAUGUCACUACGCUGCUGUAUAAGCCCAUAUGAAAGCAGAGCUGGGUGCCCAGGCCGAUGGAGCAGCGGAGGGAACAAAUGAGAAGCGUAUGCUCUUUGAAACAGUAGCGGACUUGCUGUCGAAUCGUAACGCAUAUUUAUAUAUAUAUAUCUUUAUAUUUUUAAAAAGAGCCCAAAUUUGCCUUGCUCUCUUUCUCUCCCUCCUGCUUUGAAUGUUCUUUAGCCCCACAACCGGGAACCCACUUGUGCUGCCAAUCAAGGCCGUGGGUUUUUGAGGGGGUUCGUUGCCCUGUAAUAUUGCGGGCGGGGCGGGGGGGGAAUCUAUGAAGACGCACAAGCCGCCAAGGGCAUUUAGUUUGCAGAGUUAAUACAAACGAAUUUUUGAGCUGGGCACUCGGAAUGAAUGGACACCUUCAAUCGUCCAAAGUCCCCAAAGUGGCUUUGCUUUUUUUCGUACAGCAAUAUGUGUAAGAGAAGGUGUCUUCCUUCUGUAGCAAACUGGGCAUACCCUUAUAAAUAACUUUUUGUUUUUCGUUCUCGUUCGUCCCUGCCCUCCCCGCUAGUCACCUUUUGUAACCUGGGCGCGACUUGCCAGGUUUCAGAUGACUGGCAAAGGCAGCCAGCUUUGGUUACUUGCCAGCAGAAAAUGCUUGGCACAUCUUUCAGUUUACUGCAGCUGGACUGAUGGCUUUAGGUUGGUGGUUUCACUGUCCGGUGGGCAGCAGGAUCUUACGAAGAGGCUAGAAGAGUCGGACACUGCUGUGAAGCUUCGGGACCAACCCUUUCUGGGUCCUACAAGCCCCCUAACUUCUUGGAUAGCUUGCUCAGAAAUGUGGCUCCUUCCUUUCCAAAGAUUAGAACUCCCAAGCAAUAUUGCUGCCCUGCUCCAGGGUUGCUAGGGGAGGUGGGCUUUGCACCCCAGGCCUUCACAUGUCUCUACGCUAAGGAAUCAGGAUGCUUCUCCUCUCAAACAGCUGUAGCCUCCCCUUGUUUGUGGCAGGAGGCUCGUCAAGGGGCUACACCUCCCAUAAAAGAUAAGCUGCCUGCUUGUCUCCCCCCCCCCCCAAAAAAGGCCAAUUAAUGUGUUGUCUGUCACACCAAGGUGCACACACUCCCUAGCCUGCUGUGGCACCAGCUUGUGCCUUCUUAGCCAAGCGAGCCCUGUGUGGUUUUUUUCCCUUCUGAUUCCUUACCAAUCUUUUGAGGCCACCAGGCAGUUUUAUUGCUUUGAGUAGCUGAAACUGAUGUAUAGGUAGAACAGGCACUCUAGAACAGGGGCUGGCUAACCUGUGGCUCCUCCAGGUGUCAUUGGGCUGCAACCGCCUUCAUCCCUAACCUAGUCUGACCAGCUGUUUGGGACAGAUGGGAGCUGGGGGGCUCCAAGCUCCCAUCCCUGCUCUAGACUGCUGCUGAGAACAGUAUUUCACGUCUGCUUUUUUUAAAAAAAUCUUCUGUUUGCUGUUUUUUCUCUUCAGAAAUCAGUUUUUUUAAAAAGAAAAUAAAAUCAGUUUACAUAAUGAA